AUGACUGUCAACGGAAAAGUCAUCGAUAGUCCGAAUGGCCAGUAUGUGGCUGCGGGCAUCGACAUGAGUGAUCUGUUCCCCGCCCCGUUUCCUACCAAUGUCAAGACGGUCCACCUGGAGACUCUCUCGUUGGCCAAGCUCCUCCAAAGGGACGAAGACGAGCUCCGUCGCAUCUACGAAAACUGCAAGGACCCGGGGUUCUUCCAGCUCGACCUCACCGACGAUGAGCAGGGCGUUCAGCUCCUGCGAGACGCGGUGGACUGCGCGCGGUUGAUGAAGCAAUUGCUUCCCAACAUGAGCGUGGAGGAGAAAAGAACGUACAAGCAGCACUCCCGAGUGGGCGUCUACAGCAAGGGAUACCAAGUCUAUGACGUCCUGCCGAACGGACAACCCAAGUACAAUGAGACGGUCAAUUUUCCCAUGACAGAGAUGCUUGGCUACGGUGAUAGCACCGUGGAUCUCCCGGACUGGCUCAGCCCGCACCGGGAGCUCUUCCAGCGGACCAUGCGCAGCGGCAACAAGAUUGCCAACAUUGUCCUGGCGGCGCUGGAAGUCGGACUGCAGGUGCCGCGCGGCGCCCUCACCGACGCGCACCGCAUCCAGGAUCCGUCGGAUGACUUCCUGCGCCUGCUACGCUACCCGGGCCUUCAGCCCGACCAGCCGCGCGACGACCUUCGCUUCCCGGCGCAUAAAGACUUCACCUCCCUCGGCAUCUUGUUCACCUGGCUAGGGGGCCUCCAGCUCCCGGCCUCAGCCAGUGCCCCCGGAGUCACGUCGGGCACCAUGACGGGGCCCUUGGACAUCGCGGAGGAUGCCUGGCGUUGGGUGCAACCGGUGCCCGGGACUGCCAUCGUCAAUGUGGGUAACGCGCUGGAGAUUCUGACCAACAAGGCGCUGACGUCGGGGCUGCAUCGCGUGGUCCGCGCCCCUGGUGAGCAGCUGCCGUUCGACCGGUACAGCGUGCUGGUGGGCACGCGCCCAGCCAACAGUUUCCCCAUGAAACCGCUGCAAAGUCCGCAGAUCUCGCCCGUGUUGGAUCCCGCGGCGGCCGAGAUCGCCACGAUGACCAGUGGCCAGUGGGGAGCGCACAAUAUCGGCAGCUUCAACAAUUGGGUGAAGGCCCGAACCGAGCGCCAGGAGGUUCUGAUCAUCCCGUGA